AUGAUCCAAUAUAUAUGUCAUAGUGACAAAUUGAACAUGCAAAAGAACAAAAUAAUAAUAAUCACUAGUGAAAUCAAUGUAAUAAUUGUAUUUCUUUUACAGUUUAUAUCAGAUGUUUCUGCUAUCAAAUGUCGUGUUUGUUUACCAUGUGAAGAAAAAUACAAAAAAUUAUUCCAAAUUACAAAAGAUGAAAUUUUAGACAACUGUGGAGUUUGUAUUACAGCCUAUUCAACUUUCCAAGGUUAUCAAAUGGAAGGUCGAGGUUGUUUACCUAAAUGUCCACUUAAAGAUGCUAUCAAUGAGCUUACUCCAGGACUUGUUAACAAGUAUAACUGUUGUUAUUAUGAUUUAUGCAAUAGAACAAACAAAUUAUUUGUACAAUACAAAUUGCUUAUUCUGAUUUCAUGUUUAUUCAAUUCAUUAUUUAUUGUUGUGAAUAGAUUUACUGUUUGUUGA